AUGAAAAUACAAUCUAAUGAACCAUUACAAUCACCACCUACUUCAUAUCAUCCAAUUCAUGGAGAUCCAGCAACACGUAGAUUCGGUAUUUUUUUUUUCUGUGCAUUAUCUUUGAUAACAAUAAUAGUAAUGAUUGGUAUUGGUGUUGGAAAUAUUCCACAUUACGAAUAUUUUGGUCCUUCUAAUAACAUGAAUAUAUCUGUUGAUGUACUCGCAAAUCAAACAAUUUUUUUCAAAAAUCUAUGA